AUGACGGGGAUCGCGGCGGGGAUGAUGACGAGCGCGAGCCUGGUGCUGCUGGUGGGCGAGGCGCUGAAGCGGCUGGCGGUGACGUACGAGGGCGGCGGGUUCAUGGCGGGCGCGUGGGAGGUGGUGCUCGGGAUGGCGCUGGGUGUGGUGUUCUUUUUGGUGGUGUCUCGCUGGAUCGGGAAGCACGAGCACUUCGACAUCGCGGGGCUGCGGAAAUCGGGCGGUCUGAGCGCGGUGCUGAUCGUGGUGGCGAUGACGAUCCACUCGUUCCCGGAGGGGGUGGCGGUUGGGGUGAGCUACGGGACGGCGCUGCGGGAGGGGUCGCACGCGUUCGGGGACGUGAUCACGCUCGCGAUCGCUCUUCACAACAUCCCGGAGGGGACGGCGAUCGCGGUGGCGCUGCGCGCGCGGGGGGUUGGGCCGUGGGCGUGCGUGUGGUGGGCGAUCUUCUCGAGCAUCCCGCAGCCGAUCGGCGCGGUGCCGGCGGCGUGGGCGGUGUGGCUCUUCGAGCCGUUGCUGCCGGCGGGGAUGGGUUUCGCGGCGGGGGCGAUGAUGUACCUGGUGAUCACGGACCUGCUGCCGGAUGCGCGGGAGCACGCGGGGCCGACGAAGGCGGCGGUGGCGUUCUUCGUGGGUCUGGGGCUGAUGAUCGCGUUGGGGCAGGUCGUCGCGCUGGGAACCGCGUUCGUGUCCACCAUCAAACGGAUCCUGGUCACCGGUGGUGCGGGCUUUCUGGGCUCGCACCUGUGCGAGCGUCUCGUGGACGAGGGUCACGACGUCAUCUGCGUGGACAACUUCUUCACGAGCCAGAAGUCGAACGUGGAUCACCUGCUGGACAAGCACAACUUUGAGCUGAUCCGGCACGACAUCACGCACCCGCUGUGGCUCGAGGUGGACGAGAUCUACAACCUCGCGUGCCCGGCGGCGCCGGGGCACUACCAGUACAACCCGAUCAAGACGAUGAAGACGAGCGUGAUGGGCUCGAUCAACCUGCUCGGGCUGGCGAAGCGGUGCCGCGCGAAGAUCUUUCAGGCGUCGACGAGCGAGGUGUACGGCGACCCGGAGGUGCACCCGCAGCCGGAGAGCUACCGCGGGGCGGUGAACCCGAUCGGGCCUCGGGCGUGCUACGACGAGGGGAAGCGUGCGGCCGAGACGCUGUUCAUGGAUUACUGGCGUCAGAACGGGGUGAACAUUCGGAUCGUGCGCAUUUUCAACACGUACGGGCCUCGGAUGCACCCGUACGACGGGCGGGUGGUGUCGAACUUCAUCCGGCAGGCGCUGAACGGUGAGGACAUCACGGUGUUCGGGGAGGGGACGCAGACGCGGUCGUUCUGCUACCGGGACGAUCUGGUGGAGGGGUUCCUGCGGAUGAUGAACGGGCCGGACGAGUUUGUCGGUCCGGUGAACAUCGGGAACCCGGGGGAGUUCACGAUCAUGGAGCUGGCGGAGCUGGUGAUCGAGCUGACGGGGUCGGGGUCGAAGAUCGUGCACAAGCCGCUCCCGGCGGACGACCCGAUGCAGCGUCAGCCGGACAUCUCGCUGGCGAAGAAGCACCUGGGCGGUUGGGAGCCGACGGUGCCCCUCCGGGAGGGGCUGGCGAGGACGAUCGAGUGGUUCAAGAGCAUCGACAUCGGGGAGUACCGGGCGCCGACGCCGAAUUACUGA